GCAUGCAUAUAUGAAUUACAAUCGUUACUUGAGAAACAUUUUGAUGGCAUCUUGUAUAUCUAUCUUAUUUGACUAGAAAUGUUCAUAAAAUAUAUAUGCAUUUUAAAAAGUGAGCAGUUUCUUUGUAGAUUUAAAUUUUUUUAGUUCAAGUAUCUAAGCUAAGGUAAGAAAAAAUCAAAGGCUAUAGAACUAAAGUUCUGUUGGAGCAUAUUUAGCUCUUCUUUGUUCAUGCAAAAGACAAAUUAAACAGCCUUCUCUUUUUAUCUUUUGAUUUUUUUUGUUCUUUUCUUAUAAAAAUGUGGUGAGAAGAAAAUGCCAUUUUUUUCAAAGAAAAAGAAUACCACAGUAAUUGAUGAUUUUAGGCAAACCCAACUCAACAAGAAUUCUAAUUAAAGGGAUAAUUUUCUUCUUUCAACAAAUAAGAAAAAUAAAUGAAACCCAGAGUUUUUGUUUCAUUUUUUCCCUUUGAAACAAAAAUUCCAUUGUGGAAUCAAAAACCUUGGAAUUCAAGAGUUACACAUUUGAACAAAAGAAAACAAAAGGCAUCAACUUUACCCAUAUAUAUGCCAUAAGAUCAAACACAGUUUCUUUCCAUUAAUUUGGAAGAAACUAUUCCUUCGAUUUUCCUUCAAAUUUGUACAAGCAGUUCUUCUUUUAUUGUACAAUUUGAUAAAACAUGAUCUCCUGGCUCGAUAUCUACCAUGUUGUUUCAGCAACUGUUCCUCUCUAUGUCUCAAUGACCUUAGGUUUCCUCUCUGCAAAACAUAUAAAGCUCUUCUCACCCGAGCAAUGCGCAGGCAUCAACAAAUUCGUCGCCAAAUUCUCAAUCCCUUUGCUUUCUUUUCAAAUAAUCUCUCAAAACAACCCCUAUAAGAUGAGCCCUAAACUCAUUCUCUCUGACAUUCUCCAGAAAAUCUUAGCCGUUGUUGUAUUAGCCGCGGUUUUAAGAUUCUGGCAUCCACCAGGAGGAAGAGGAGGAAAAUUGGGUUGGCUCAUAACCGGUUUAUCUAUAUCGGUGUUGCCAAACACUCUCAUUCUUGGAAUCCCAAUCUUGAGUGCCAUCUAUGGAGAUGAAGCUGCGAGCAUCUUGGAGCAGAUUGUUGUGUUGCAAAGCUUGAUUUGGUAUAGCAUCUUGCUCUUCUUGUUCGAGCUUAAUGCCGCAAGGGCGUUACCUUCAUCAGGACCCUCCCUAGAACAUACAGGCAAUGACCAUGAAGAGGCUAAUAUAGAGGAAGAGCCAAAAGAAGAAAACGAAGAAGAAGUAGCAAUAGUGAGAACAAGAUCUAUUGGAACUAUGAAGAUUUUAUUGAAGGCUUGGAGAAAGCUUAUAAUCAAUCCUAAUACAUACGCAACAUUGAUCGGAAUCAUUUGGGCUACUUUACAUUUCAGAUUGGGAUGGAAUUUGCCAGAGAUGAUUGAUAAAUCAAUACAUUUAUUAUCUGAUGGAGGCUUAGGAAUGGCCAUGUUCAGCUUAGGUCUUUUCAUGGCAUCACAAAGUAGUAUCAUAGCAUGUGGAACAAAAAUGGCGAUUAUAACAAUGCUCCUCAAGUUCGUAUUAGGACCUGCUCUUAUGAUUGCUUCCGCGUUUUGCAUCAGAUUAAGAAGUACUCUCUUCAAAGUCGCAAUAUUACAGGGUGAUCUUUGGAAUGCUAAUUGCCUUACCAACAACUUUGGCAUAUUAUUUUCUAUUGGACCUAUGAAUAUGACAUGUUAAAAAAAGAACAUGAAUAUGACAUGUUAUAUAGGCUCUUAAUUUUGGAUUUAUAUGGUACUUUAGUCAUGAAAUUUUCAGAUGUUUGAAUUUAUUAAGCUAAUUUCAACCAUUCUCUUUAAUUCUUGUAAAUCAUUUUUCUCCUGAUAUUAGAUUAGAAAGAAAAAAUCAUGUCAACUAGUAAAAUCAAAUUUAUGAUGAUAUACUUUUUUAUAAAGCUAUAUAGAAGUAAAUAUAAGAGUACACCAUUUAAAGGAGAAAAAAAUCACAUUAGUAAAAACAUAUAUGGAGUAAAAAUCUAAUCCAAAUUUAAAUAACAACAAUUCAGGUGGUUUAUCUAACUCUGAGAAAAUAAAUAGACAUUGUCAAAGACUCAACAUAAAAAUAUAAAAUAAAGAAAUAAAAAUGGAAAUUUUGGGGAGGAAGAAAACUAGAGAACACGGCCUGCGUGCCACGCAAUAAAAAAUGGAAAAAUGGCGAAUAAAAAUAAAAUAAGA